AUCAGCCAGGGCGAUCGAUAGCUUCUCUGGGGAAUCCAGGUUCAUUUUUCUUUUGGAGACAGUGUAUUACAGGUCACAGCCCUGUGGCCUUUGUUUCAGCUAUAAAUGCAAUGUAGAAGAAACAUUCACAGGCUCUAGGAGAGGCACCUGCUGCUAGACGACUGGCUAAAACUCCUCACUUGGAAUCAAAUGUCACCUUUUCCCCUCAAUUUGUGUCAUCUCGGCUGAAGCGACAACCAUCUCACUUCAUUUCCACACAUUUUAUAUUUGAUUGCAGCAGCUCUUAUUCUCAUUUUCUGUUGAUGUGUUGUCUCAGUAUCGGGUGAUGAUCUUGCACAUUUAGUUGCCGUAUAAAUCACAGUGGUCUACAAAACCUGAUGAUCAAUAAAUUAUUUAUCAAGCAAAGACAUCAAACAUGAUCUUUUCCAGUUUCUCAAACAUGGUGAUUUGUUUUAUAUUGUUGUAUAUGAUAUAAAUAUUAGGCUUUGCACAGUCGAUUGGACCAAAGAACCGAAAGAUGUCACUAUGGGCUCUGAGAACUAUUGAUGGGCAUAUUUGAUCGUUUUCUUUACUUUUCAUAGAGCAAACAAAUCUAUUGACAGAAAAAAAGGAGAUUUUCUGAUCAUGAACACAGCAGAUAGCCCCAAUUCAUAAAUCAUUCUUUCAUCAGCUAAAACGGACGGAAGAAACCAGAAUAAUAUAUGAAUAAAGAACAGGAUAGCAUAGUGUGGAUGCAUCCACACAAUGAAGAGGGGCCGUAAUUUCCCAGAAGCAACAGGUCUGUGCCAACACGGCCCAACUGCGCCCUCCAGUGGACACAUUGAGUCAUCCUGUCAUCGCUCAGCACUGUCCAGACUUUUCGCUCUCGGCUUUGUUGUGUGGAGUAAAACCAGUCUACUUGUCAAGAUGUUUCCAACUGUAAAAUGUUAUGUGAAUUAAACUCUUCCGAAACGAAAUGCGGUCGCAUUUCUGAAGCAGCCCUCUCCUCAGCGAAGACGCACUGGGGCAGUGCGCUGGUCUGAGCAGCGCCGGAGGAAGCGACGCGUGGAGAAGAAGAGUUCACCAAACUUAGAACGAAAGGAUUUGGAAUUUGUUUGUUCGCUUUGAAAAGGGUUGGCACCCAUUUUUCACCGAUCUUCAAGGUCACCCCCAUAGUGCCAGUUUGGUCUGGUCUGAGAGCAGCUGCAGGGCCGCCUUAGUGGCCCACGCCUCAUUACUGCAGUAUGGGCAACUUUACCAGUAAGGACACCCACGGACCCACAGGAGCCCAUCGGGAAAGUGUCCACAGUUCCCCUGCUUCUCCACAGAGUGAUGGACCUGCUUACAUGUCCAGUGCCCCUCAUCUCAUUCACCCUACCUCACCUCAACCUUCCCAUGCUGCCCCUGUUUCAUCCACACCCCCAGCCCCUGUCAUCACAUCCACUAGGAAGAAAUCACAGGCCACCACUUCCAGUCCUUCCUCUGAUUGGAGCCCUCAUCCACCAGUCAGCACAGGCAGCUCGACCAUUGGUCCCGAAGUUGGCCUGGUGCACAACAAACCAGGAACUACUGUGGUUAUAGGACAAGCUUCUUUGGGGAUUAGUCCUCCUACCCCUACCCCAAACAUUCCAGCCUCCCAGGCUGUCAACCUGGCAAAAUGCCCCUCUUCUCUGUGUAGCGCAUCACCUGUGGAGGGUGGCUCUUCCGGACAGAGCUGGAAAGGGAGGGACAAUGGUCUGAAUCGGUCUUUACUGCCGGGUCAUGAAGCUGGGGACAGCCAUGGUGAGGAACUGGAGAAAGUGCUGGGGGAGUGCAGGGCGCUACUGGGUAUCACUGCCAGUCAGGAUGGGGCUGUGAUCACAACAGAGAUACUGAAGCAUCUACAGACUGAAGUGAAGAACCUGAAGAGUACCUUGCAGACAGAGCGUGGGGAGUGGCUGCAGUUCCAGGCUGACCUUCAGGUGGCGGUGUCAGUGGCAGACCGCCUGAGAGCUGAGGCUGAAGAGGAGCUGGCGGCGCUCCGAACGGCUCAUAAAAAUAUCGAGAGGGAGCUGGCUCUCACCCAGCAAAAACAGAAAGAGGUUGAUGUGCAACUGGUCACCUUGAGAGGAGAGUUGGAGGAGAGCAGGCAGAGACUGGCUACUUUCACUCAGGCACAAGGCAAAUAUGAUGCCCAGUGUCAGGAACCAGAGAGGCCCAAUGGACACCCAGCCAACAACACAGACAGCACAGAGGUGACCCAGAGGGACAGGGAGAGAGCGGCGUGCAGGUUGGGACAAGAAGGGAUGGAUAGUAGGAUUCCUGAUGAAGUGACGAAGAAUGUUGUCGGUGAGGAGCCCAGAAGAGACUCCAAGGGUGUGACAAAACGCUACCUGAGAAAUGUGACCAAUGAGGAUAGGGGUGAAGAGGAGUUACGAUCUGGUGAAAUACCAAGGACGGUAACUGAGAGGUCAAGAAGCCUAUCCAGAUUACCUGCGUCCUCAGACUCCACCAGCAUGCAGAAUGGAACCUCCCAGUCCAGUUCUGCCAUAACGGUUGGACCCACAAACAAAACCUUGGCACAACUAAGAGGCCGAAGAAGUUUGGAUCGGCAAGAUGGCAGGUCAAGCACUGAUACAGGGAAACGUGAAGAGUCUCUAAAUAAGUACAACUCUGCCCUUACCGAGUUGCCUCACACGAAGUCACAGGAUGGUUUCAACAUGCUGCUGCGUCGCCAUGGAGGCUCCAAGAGAAACUCGCUGCUCCGCUGGUGUCAGAGUCGCACCCACGGCUACAAGAACAUUGACAUCACCAACUUCAGCAGCAGCUGGGCGGAUGGUCUUGCGUUCUGUGCGGUCUACCACACCUACCUCCCCUCACACAUCCCUUACAGCACUCUUAAUCCUGAUAACAAGACGGAGAAUCUCAGUCUGGCAUUCAAAACAGGAGAGACUGUUGGGAUUGCACAAACCCUGACAGUAGAGGAGAUGCUGAGAGCAGGCGGCCCCGACUGGCAACGGGUUCUGAGCUACGUGGAGAGCGUGUAUCGUCACUUUGAGAUGUGACCGACGUAGGUACAAACAGACAAUCCCACAGUGGAUCCUUAAAGAGCCAUCAGAGGAAACACUUACUGUAAAGUUGUUUAUAGUCAUGGCUGCCCAAAACCUACUGUGCGCUUUGUUUUUGUCUGGUGUCUGGAAACUGCAAACGCUGAUGUUUUUCUGUUGCAGCUAAUUAUAUCCAAAGGUUUGUAACUUGUUGGCAUUAAAAUAACAAUUUGCUUGAUGCUUAGUGCAAGAUAUCUUGUGUAAGUGCAAUACCAAGCCCCACUUGGAGCCACAGGGGCGUUUUCAGAUCAUUCCCAUCAGUCAGUCGC